UAUGAUCCACUAACAAUCGUGUGUAAUGGCUGCUUUUCAAAUAUGCGCAAAUCACUCAGUGCACCAAAGGUUGAAAGUCCUUGUUUUGUUGGUUUGAUCUUGGAAAACUGUGAGCUUCCACACGCAAAUCAUGGACAUGUGAUUUUGGGAGAUCCUUCACUCAUCCUGUUUUAUCCUAUUAGUUCCACUGAGGUUCGUUGCUUGGUCGAUAUACCUGGAACAAAAGUCCCUUCAGUAGCUAAUGGUGAAAUGGCCAACUAUUUGAAGACUGGUGACUCCUCAGAUUCCCCCACAGCUAUACAGUGCUUCUAUGGUUGCAGUAGAGAAAUGAUGGCUGCUAAUCCGGUUCCCACUCCUGGUGCACUUUUGUUAGGCGAUUCAUUCAACAUGAGACAUCCAUUUGAGCCUUGGAGGCAUCUUUCAUAUGGACCAGUAUCUCUUCUCUCUGGUCUUAACCCCCGUCCACUACACUUGUCUCUCCAUUUCUUUGUUGUUGCUAUAUAUGGCGUAGGGCACUUGAUGUUUCCAUUCCCUUCACCUAAACGCAUAUGGCUUGGUGCUAGAUUGAUCUUAAGUGCAUCAGGCAUCAUAUUCCCUAUUAUAAAGGGCAAAGGAGUUAGACAAAUGUUCUUUCCUGCAACUGUGCCAGCAUAUUACUGA